AUGAAGUCGCGGGAAGAACACGAAGCAAUCCUACACAAGGUGUCCGACGCUCAGACACAAUUGGGGCUAAACACGACCCUCCUGCGGGAAGAAGAGAAAACCCUCCUCAGGGAAAGGGAAGCUUUCGCUCAGGAAGUCAACAAGUCUUACUCGAACCUCCGUCGGCAACAGUCCUCCUUACAAGUGGAUCAGCAAACGUUGGCCUUGCAACUUCAGGAAGGCCGACCCAGAUCAGGUUCGGUCGGGACUCCCUAUGCGACACCCGCCUCGUCCCGGAAAGCCCCCCCUUCGAAGUGGAGUCAUUCGACUUUCAUGACGUCAUCAGUACUCCAGGCCCCCUACUCGAUGGCGGGUACACCUCAACGGACAAUGGACCCUAUCCCAAUGUUUAUGCAACAAACCGAGAUCGCUACGGAAACCAUGUCGAUGCCGGUGCCGGCAGGUGUCUACGACCGUGCUGUGACUUCUCAAAAGCCGUUCAUGCCCGAAAGACCAAAGCAACGAGAACCUCCUGAGUACAUACCCCAGGACUCGUACGGGAUGCGUGGACACACAACCCUCCCGGUCCUCCUUCGUCAUACCCAGCUCCAGGGGGGCCCCGGGGGGCACAAUCCUUUCGAACGCACUGGAGGCCGAGGAGAUCCCCCCGGACCUCCCGGGGGAGGUGGCGGCGAUGACCAUGGGGUGGAGGCGCACCCAGGUUUCCAUACGUGCCCCGGCACGAUGACCAUGGGGACCGUCCUUCCCAAGUUCGACGUGUUACAAAUGGACUACGGGAUCACGGACGCUCAACUGGUGGGAAUCUUCGACGACCGCCUCAACGAAUCCAGUAUCCCUCGUUUUGCCGACUGGUGGGCCAGACGAGUCCGGGAUCAUGCCGAACAGUCCUGGGCUGAGUCCCGGGAGGCUUUCAGGCAAGAAUUCAUCAUGAAAACGAAGACGGAGCGAAUGGCGACCAUUACCGCGGACUCGUACCGCCGAACUGGGGAGACGGUUAACAAAUACGCCUGCCGCAUCGGCGACAACAUUCGAAACGCGAAUUUCCCGCCCGAAAGUGCCGUGUUCAUUUUGCUCAAUGAAUGUGAAGACCCCAUCAUGGCCAGCUGCCUCCGGGGCCCCCGACACUCCCGACAACCAUCGAAGCGAGUCUGA